UAUUAAAAAGAGGAGUCUUCUAUUUCCUAUUAAUACUGCACCAAUCCUCUUAAAAUAAGAAUCCUAUCUAGAUAUCAGGCUGGCCCAGACACAUUUAUAGCUACAGGUCAUUUCUUUCCAGCUGAGACAGAUAAUGGUUGGAUUCUGAACACCUGGUAUGAUGUGGGUAAAAGCCGGUGGCUCCAGGGAGGAGAGGAAAGAGCAGGAGGGUGUUGGUAGGGAGGGGGUUUGAUCUUUAGCAGGAGGUGGCUGUGACCAGAGAGAUAUCAGAGAUGGGGCUCUGUGUUGUGUUUGUAAUAAAAGUGGUAAGCAAUGUUCUAAUAGUAAGAAUAAGCACAAGUAUUUCAAUGGGGAAAGGUACAAAGAGGGGAAAGGGAAUAAGGAGAAAAAGCAAAGCUCAGUGCUUUAAAAAAUAGCAACUUAAAAUGCUCCUGUUAUUUUUAAUUGAGUUUCAAAAGAGAAUUCUGAAAGUGGGAGAAAUAUGCACAUUGAUAUCUAUGUGCCUUUACUAGUUCUCUCUAUCACUCUGUGUAGUGUGAAGCCUAUAAUAUUUAUUCAGCUAACUGUAUGCAUUAGCAGGCUUUUUCACAUGAGUUGUGUUAGUUGUAGGUGCUCGUUUUGUUGGGAUUUGCUCUCUGUAGUUGUUUUGUAACAUGCCCUAUUUCACUGUGACCUUGAGCAUCUCCCAUAAGCAGAUAGUAUAUGCCAGUACUGGAAAACUCAUGGUAGGGAAGCUUACUCACAACUUCUCCCUCUAGAAAAAUUACAGUAAUUUGAGUGGGGUUGUAGAGGGAAUCUCAGCUCUCAAAUUCUUUGACAUGAAGGUAUUAAUGUCCAGAAGGACCCUGAGCCUCUGGAGUCUGCUGCUAAAUAGGGCACAGCUCAGAACAUCUGAAGGUCUUUGUGACUCAGAGGUGGGAAUCUCCUAAUGAUCUUAGUUAUUUUUAUACGUGCUUCCCUAAAGCAGAGAAGCAACUCUACCAUCACCAAACAAGCACGCAAAACUGUGGUGGUGAAAACUGUAGGAGAAGAAAGCAAGACACAAAAUAAGAAGGUGGAAUUGCAAGACACCAUCAACAUCAAAUAAAGGCACAAGACGGCAAGGAGGAAAAGACCAAAGAAAAAGGUGGUAAAAGGGCAAUAUAAGCAGAGGACUUUAGCAGGGUUUUCAUUUUAUUGCUGCUUUAAUCUUGCUUUACGGAGCAAAAUGGGGCAGCAGUUCACCAACGCCGAAGGGGAGCAAACGGAGAUCGACGUUGCCGAAUUGCAGGAGUGGUAUAAGAAAUUUGUGGUUGAAUGUCCAAGUGGGACCCUCUUCAUGCACGAAUUCAAGCGGUUCUUCGGGGUCCAGGAUAACCACGAAGCAGCAGAGUAUAUUGAAAACAUGUUCAGAGCUUUUGAUAAGAAUGGGGAUAACACCAUUGAUUUUCUGGAAUACGUAGCUGCCUUGAAUCUCGUUUUACGAGGAAAACUGGAACACAAGCUGAGGUGGACAUUCAAAGUCUAUGACAAGGAUGGGAAUGGCUGCAUAGAUAAACCUGAGCUGCUGGAAAUCGUUGAGUCUAUCUACAAGCUGAAGAAGGUGUGUCGGUCAGAGGUGGAGGAGAGGACCCCGCUGCUGACGCCAGAGGAGGUUGUGGACAGGAUAUUUCAGUUAGUGGAUGAGAAUGGGGAUGGGCAGUUGUCACUUGAUGAGUUCAUUGACGGGGCCAGGAAAGACAAGUGGGUGAUGAAGAUGUUGCAAAUGGAUGUAAACCCUGGGGGAUGGAUCACUGAGCAGAGGAGGAAGAGUGCUUUGUUUUGAGAACAUUCAGCUUUGAUCCAGCUGAAAACGGAGUGCUGACUACAACUGUGGCUCUCUAACUCCAGGGUGGUAGUGGCUUUCCUUUUUAAUACAAUCUCAGCAUCCAGAUGAAAACUUCAGCAGUUUCAGAUGCCGUAUCUCCAUCUCAAACCCAUGUGCUGCACACUGCUGAUACCCAGAGACUAUUUUUGGCCCAUGAAAUAAGUCUUUGUGUGUACACGAUACAGUGCUUGCCAGCUCUGGUUUUUGGUUACACCCCAAGGAAUGAACUUUUUGUGGCUUGCUGCAGUGGAUCCUGGGCUGGGUUUGAUUCUGAUGACAGAUGGGACUGGGAAGCGAUGCAGUGGUACCAUCUCCAGUGCAGACCAGCGUUUGCAUCAUUAAUGCCUGCAGAGACCCAAACGCAUCGAACCAAAAGUGCCAGAGCACCCGUUCUGUUGUCAGAUUCUGUAUGUUCAGAAUGUUUGUUAUGCAUAGCAAUAUGUACGCGUAUUUACAUUAUACUACUGAUGUAAAAUUAUUGAACACCAGCAUAUCACUAUCAGAAAUGAGAAUUAGAUUGUAAGGGGUAGCCAAGACAGUGCACAGAGCUGAGGAAAAUAUAACGUGUGUGGCUGGCAGGUGGAGCAGCAGCUCCUUACGUCUCCUUUCUGUGGACCAGGCGCUGCUCUUGUAGCUGUUCAGGGCCCUGGGUUUCUGUGGGGCUGGGAAGAAUGGUAUUUCCAGACACUGAGCACUAGUGGAAAUGGUGCCUCUGAAUAGCUGCAUUUUGAGGGCAGUUUUGCACUAGUGAUUCUGUUUUGUGGAAGGAGAGGUGCGGGAAGAGCAGAGUUUUCCUGGCUGUGGCUCUGCAAUGAGAGGAUUUAUUGGCAGGACCACAGAAUGGAGCAAAAUCCAAGUGAGUUACUGAAGUAGUACAGUGGUUUUACACUGGACUUAAUUAGCCACAGACUACAGGUAAAAUUUGCACAGGUUGUAGGCUGAGCUUUGCUAUUCUUAUGGCUGACCCAUAUACCUACAUAGGUACAUGUAUGUGGAAAGAUAAUUUGAGCUGAACCAAUAUUUUGGUUCACCUUUAUUGGGUUAUUUGCAAGAAAAAAGUCCCCAGGAAAAUAACAUGAGGUUUUGUCUGUUUUAUUUUAAUUUUCCCAUGGAAUCAGUGGGCCAAGUCACAUCCCUGGAAAGAUUUGCAAUCCCUUUUUUUGUGGCCUUUAUGACUGUAGUAUCUUCCAUUAGUUGAUUAGUUUGCUGGUUUGCAGUCUUGUCAGUUUGACCGGUGUUUAAAUUCAGGAACAUAAGGGAGUAUUUGAUAAGACAGUCAGUGCUAGUGUUCAAAUCCAUAUACAUUUCCACUUCUAAAUAGCCUUUCCAAGAGUUCUCUGUAAAUAUAAGCUCGUGGCAUGUUACUUAUCAGAGCUGACUAGGCUGUUCAUGCUGCUGUAAGGCAGCUGUUUAAAGCUUAUUCAGGUCAAUAGUUUAUCAGCUAAAGAUUUGAAAGAAAAAUCUUCCGUCUGACCCGAGGGCCUAGAAGAUUCGCUUUACUGAUAUUCCAACGUGUGGAUAAAAGUUUGAAUGGGAGGAUACAAACCUCUAAAUCCUUACAUUUAAUUGUCUCAACCAACAUCCCACACUCCGCUUCUUGGGCCGGUUUAGUGGAUGUAGUUGUGCGCUGCAGGUUUGCUUUAAACGCUGUACAUUUUGUGAUUGUGUUCCCCAGGUCAGGCAGGAAGGAGCUGUUUGGUGUCCGCACACCAGCCGUCCUGUGCUGGUAGAGGGCAUCCUAACACCGAGCACCACACAGCUCGCGGCACAGGUUUUGUAACACGUGAAUUUAAUAAAGAAUUAUUUAUUAAAAUGA